AUGGCGAGGGCGAGCGCGGGCCUCGUCAUAUGACGCCGGGUGCGCAGCGCAGUAGCUCAGGCUCCCUUCCCUGCCUAUUCUCACCCGGUAUGGCGGACGGCGAGCGCUCCCCGCUCCUCUCCGAUCUGAGCGAUGGAGGUCUCAGCGCCGGCGGGGGCCUCCCCGGAGGCGGGCUGCCCUCCGCCCCGCCGUAUGGCCUCCCGAACAAGCCGCAGAGCUUUCCGGGGUUCCCCAGCUCCCAGCCUUCGGUGCUGCCCGGCGAGGACCCCCCGCCCUACUCCCCCAUGACCUCCCCAGAGAGCGGCAGCGCCCCCAUGAUCAACUGCCGAGUGUGCCAGUCGCUCAUCAACGUGGAGGGCAAGAUGCACCAGCAUGUGGUCAAGUGUGGGGUGUGCAACGAGGCCACGCCCAUCAAGAACGCUCCCGCCGGGAAAAAGUACGUCCGCUGUCCCUGUAACUGCCUGCUGAUCUGCAAGGUGACGUCGCAGAGGAUAGCCUGCCCUCGACCGUACUGUAAAAGGAUCAUAAACUUGGGGCCCGUCCAUCCUGGUCCAGCCAGCCCCGAGCCUCAGCCUGUAGGAGCUCGCGUCACUUGUGGACACUGCAAAAACACCUUCCUGUGGACAGAAUUUACAGACAGAACAUUAGCACGAUGCCCUCACUGCAGAAAAGUGUCUUCCAUCGGGAGGAGGUACCCACGAAAGAGAUGUCUGUGGUGCUUCCUGAUGGGUCUUCUCUUUGCCAUGGUUGCUGGGGGUCUUGCGGCUGGUACGUGGAAGCACGCGCAGCGGUACGGAGGCAUCUACGCCUCCUGGGUCGUGGUUAUCCUGCUGGCGCUCAUCUGCAUGGGCCGGGCCUGUUACUGGGCCUGUAUGAGGGUCAGCCAGCCCGUCCAGAACUUCACAUAAAACAAAACAGUGGCAGAGGGGUUCCUGUGAGGAGGGGCGGGAAAGAUGAGAGAUGAGCCUGUUUUGUGUUUUUUUUUUUAAAGAUGGAGGUGAAUAGGAGUUGGAAAGGGGGGUCAGUUGCCACUUGUUGACACUGAGCUUUCUUGGCGGAGGUAAUGACCGUGCCAAUUAGAGGCCAUUAAUCUCUUUAAUUAAACACCCCCCUGCCAUUUUCUUCCCCUCCUAGAAGUUCUCAAGUCACCCUGAACGGUUUUUAUAAGCUGACCUACCUUAAAUUCUGAGGAAUCUGGCUUUAAAGCAUCGCUGAGAUGUUGUCUGUUCGUUCCGCGAAGAGGGAAUGCUGGGAUUUUAAAAGUUUUACAUUUUGAUUUUAAAAGUUUUGUUCUUGAUUCAAGGUAGAAGAAAUCCUUGCAGGUGUCAGGUUGAGGGGCUUCUUCUUUGUUUCUCCACAGCAAGAUAGUUGAUAUUGAAGGCUUUUGCACGGGUCUCUGACUGGUACACAGAGUGUUAGUUUUCAGUUAUCAGUCUCCAAUUAUAAACUCACUGGUCAGAAUUUGAGGAUCCGACUGCAGAGUCGAGUUGCUGAACGAACACUACGUGAGGGUGUAUCCCACAAGGCCUUGAAAUAUUGGCAACCCACUCCCCAUCCACGUUCUUCCAAAGAUUGCUUUCUGCGGAGGUUGCGCUGAGACCAGUGGUGUGUGUGUGAUUGAAUUGCUGGAUAUAUGGAUCUGUCUAAUUCUUCUUUUCAAAAGGACUUGGGAACUAGAUAUUGUUCUGGUUGGGAAAGCGAUGAUGGAAAUACAUCAUAUUCCUUAAGACUCCCACACAUCGCCAGGCUGCUGGGAAAAUGCAGUGGUUAGACUGGUUGGGGAAAGGGCUGUGUUUCUGAUAUUUUUUUUACCAAUGAAUGUGUCCAGCUACAUAGGUUUUUUUCUGCUAUUGUGUGACCUUGGUAUUAGUUGAGUCUUCCAUCAUUAAGUCUUUGUGUUGAGCUCUCUCUUGAGCUACAGCAGGAUUGGUGAUAAUCCUAGUUUUUCCCCACUAUGCUUUGCUGAGAGUUUAACAUGUCCCUCCGAAAUCUGAAAGCACCUAACGUUCCCGUCAAGGAAAGUCAGAAAAAUUCAGACGAAAGUGAAAGAGGAAUCAAAUGGGAGAUGAGUCAUGCUUUAAAAGAGUAAGAUUCCCCAGUGUGUUCUGGAUAAUGCAUAUACGUAUAAACACAUGAGUUCUGUAAGUUAGGGACCCAGUUUCUAUCUGUGUUUAAUAGCUAGGAGAUAUUGCCUGCCCCUGAUAGCCAUCUUUCCAUACUAAAAACACCCCUCCCUGCUAAUUUUACUCCCCAAAACCCUAGUCCUCAGAAGAUCCUCAAAGAUCAUUUUUUAAUUUCGAUUAAAAAAUUACAUUACCAUUAUUAGUUGGUCCUAGCUCAAGUGAUCAGAGCUCGUAUUCUUCUUCCUAAAUUCUUGGGAACCGACGGGCCAGAUUUUUUGACAUUAUAGUUUGCGAAUCAAAGUUGAGCUUCUUCAAAUCUGAUCCUUCCUCAUUUUAGUCAUCACCCUACAUAGGCAGGAGUGGAACAGCUGUUUUUGUGAUUUCCUAAAUUUCUCUUUGUAGAACGCUUUUGGACAAGCAUAGCUGUUUGUUGCAUAGCAGAAGACUUAUUUUUUUUAUCCUGUGUGGAUACUAAUCUGGGUUCUUGUUCAGUCUUGGCCAGUCAAGGGCUUCUGAGCAGAAGGGUAGUGAAUCCUAACUUUGAGUGCCUUAACGCUUGAUGAACAGAAGUGGAACCUUCUGUUUAAAGAUCCGUUUUAAAAGUAGGUGGCUUUGGUCGCUCUCCACUGGGGUGUGAGAGGUGACAUUUGCUCACUGUAUGUGUGGCUGCACCAGGAUAUUUUAUUCCCUGCAGAUAUCCGGCAAGAUGAAGUUUGUUUGCUUUUAGUGGAGCUGACGCCCAAUUUCCGUGGUUUACCACUGCAGCCGAAACUAGACGGGAGAAAAGGAAGUGAACUGCUGAGGAACUUCUCUGUUUGCGAUCUAUUCUAUCAGGAUUGGACCGAGCUGUAGUCCGACCACAGGUGACCUGUAAUAGCAUGGAGUCUUUUGGAAACAGGCAUUUUGCUGGUCAGGGAUGACAAGGGAAUCGAGGCCAGUAGGCGGCAGCGAUUAUCGUUCCUGUUCUCUCACGCCUUAACUCAACGCGAACAGUUUAGGAAUCUCUUAACAUGAGAAAACCUAUGAUUAAAAGCAAGUAAUUCUUUCAGCUUACACAUAACACAAAUGUAUGGGGUGUUUGUUUUAAAGUAACUACCAGGAUGUUUGGGGGUGGCGUAGCACAGCGGGUAAGCCUUUGGGCAUAUUAGUGCAGUAGGUUCCACUCUGUGCUGCAUACACUGCUGAUGUACCUAGAGGUACUGUAUCCCAGUUACUUCAGACCACCCAGCUGUAUAAGUGCUGGGGGAUGUGACCCCAUGCGAUAGAUCGGUGUCUCAUCCAAGGGAAAGAGGGAGGGGUGUUUUGUGCCCUCUAGUCUGCAGAAACUGUGCAGAAACCAUGAUAUUAAGCUAGGUUUCUGGCUGCUCUGAAAAUGAUUUGUUGGUUUGAACAUCAUACAUCAAUCUUCAUAACCUUUUCAGCCCCACACACCCACACACACACACAGAAAAAUAAUCCAGUGCUCAGAUUUCUUUUAAAUACAUUCCUUUAGGUGAAAUUAUAGCCACCUUAGUUCAGUGGUCGUUACCCCCUUUACCCUUUGAUAUUUCUUUUCUGUGAAGCCGUAGUUAAACUCUGCUUGGUAUACCAUUGUGUUUCAUCUACUUCUUUAGGAGUCAGAAAUGAUGACCUUUAACUUUUUGCCAGCAUGUGUCGUGCAGAAGGACUUGUGGGCCUCUCUUCCUCCCUGGAUCCUAUAGGGGGCGCCCCUUGAAAUCUCCACGGCUGAAACGGUCUCCCUUACAACUUAGGUGAUAGCUUAAAAGGGCUGGUAAGGGUCUAGGACAGAGACAGGCUACCCCGAAACAUGUAGAGGGCCUGACCAGAGCCCUACCACCUAAUACAGAAUUAACAAAAAUGACAAAAUCACAAAGUAACUUUUUAUUGGUAAACAUCCAUUGGCAUGAACCAGUAACAGGUUGUUUAUUAACCGGUUAAUAAAGACACAGAUAGCCCACCACUAGUCUAGUUUACGUUAGGGGUAGUAUUCAUGAACUGACUUUGCACACACUUAAACCAUUCCAAGAUUAUCGUGAAACCUGACUUUAACUGCUUGGAAACAACGUGUAAGUGAUCAUAAUUGCACAAUACUAUGAGCUAGUCUGAUGAGCUAAUCUGGGUCUCUGCGUAGCCCAUAGGCAUUCACUAUUACCGUCCAGACAAACAGGUGGUCUAUAUGUACUCGCCUAAGAAGGUUUUUAUUUUCUUUAUCAUUAUUGUUUUUUGGCUGCUAUUUCUUUAUGGUGGGUAUAACAGAGCCACUAAUGUACUGUAUAUUUUGACAUGAGUGCUGAAGAAUCUAUAUUUUUUGAGAUUUGUUUUUCCUUCCGAUCUAUACAUUGUGUUUCCUUGCCGCCCCCCUUGUAAAUCGGUAAACACAGACAUCAGGCUCUGGUGAAAGAAUGAAGGAGAUUUUUUUUCAUGUCUAAACCAGGGUGGUCCAGUCUCUGGUCCUAAACGGGGGCCCCGUGCCGGCAAGUUUUCCAAGUUCAGUCAAAGCACCAACUGCUAAUUAGCUGGGCCCGGUUGGGAAAUUGGUUGGCUCUGACCGAAUCUGAGCUGAUGUUGGUCGUCAAGAGCCGAGUUGGGAUGCAGACCUUUAAGACGCACACCAGCCCUGUGGAACCAGAAUUGGACCCCCCCUUUCCUAUACAAAUCAUGCAUUUGCGGUUCUGAAAACAACACGGGCAAAAUGAUUAUUUUUUUUAUCCAGAAUGUGUGUAUGUUUGGCAGUUUGCAAGCAGGGUGGUGACUUUUUUUUUUUCCUUGAAAUCAAUGAGCUGCCGUUACCCAAAAAAUCGCGACGGCCGCUUCUGAAUAAUGCACUCUUAAAAGGGGGCAGUGUGUUAAUCCCCGGGGGGCACAGGUGCUUGGAAAUGUCAUUCACGACACUGCAUUGACCUUUCCGAGGCGGGGUGACCGAGCCCGUGUAUCUGUGAGUCAUCAGUGCUGGAGGGGCAAGUGCCUUCUUCACAUGAUCACUCCUGGUGUGUGAAGGGGGCCGGACUUGCGCGUCUCCUGAAAUUAAGAUUCCAAGACGCUCUUCCAGGAUUUCAAGGGCGGACCUGGAUUCCAGGUCUUUGUGGGUCAUUCCAAGCAAAUCCUGAAUUGUCGUCCGCGUUAAUUAAUGGCAUGGAAUCCAGGUGCUUGGGUUGACUGCCCUUGGCUUAGGGCAGUGGUUCCAUGAUGCAGGUCUUAGUCACACACACACACACACACACACACACACACACACACACACACACCUGCUGGUUUUGGGUUCCAGCCGAGCCCUUGGUUACACAAUCGGACCCCUUCAUUAACCUGACAUGAAUGAUAUUCAUCAAUGAACUGUUUGAUCCCAGACUUUAAACACGUUGGAGCCGUUGGGUUCCGUAAGUGAAACGAAAUCCCAAAACGGGAGGCUAGAAAUCAAAAUGCCAACAUUCCAAUGAAGCAAACUUGUGGGCUCAGUUGAGGCUUCAGUUAUCUAAUGAAGGUGUGUUGGAAUGAAAAGCUGCAGUUUGUGUGGGUCACCGGGACCAGGAACCACUGGUGUAGGGGAAUUUGAGAAUGCUUGUCUCGGCACCAGUGAAGACAAUCCCACCGAUACAAUAGCUGGUGCACAUCAGCUCUCGACACCCCCAUCUGUAUCGGUGUGCACCGUCCAUGUCCAGGCCCUCGACUAGGAGAUUCAGUGCGUUUUGGGCUUAAUUUUAAAAUAAAACCUCGACCAGCUCUUUAAGUUAUCGGUGGAUUAAACAGGUACUGCCAGGUAACCCUCCUGGUCUGAAUGAUGCAGGAUCGCUGGGAUCGAUAGGAGCAUAGAAGCUUCAAUUCGUCACCCACGUGUCCAGUCCGGGACCUGCCAGUUUAAAAUGAGCAGGCGGGGCACUGAGCUCACCCGUUGUUUUGGUGAACAGGAUGUAGGCACGAAACGGGGGAAAGACCAGGAUGGGAGAAUACUGGCAGCUCCCCCGAAUCGGGAAAGGGAGUAGGGGGGUGGCAGGAAUGGGGGGGAGUCUUGGAAUCUUGAGGAAACGCAAAAUGUGCCGCCAUUCGAUUUUCUGUGGACGUUGCUGGGUUAAGAAUGGAACACCAAUGCUUUUUACAUCUAUAUAUUCAGUAUAUAUAGAGCUUAUAUUCGAGAAUCAGAAAAUAAUGAAACAUGCCAAUUAAUCCUUUAAAUUGGUUAAGUGGAAUCUCUUCGUUGGGAACUAACAAUUUCUUUUGUACAUAUAAGUUAAGAUGUGAUUUGUAAAUACAUGUAUUUAUUUUCCUUUGUUCUUUAAUUGUUGCACUACCUUUACAGAGAUUUGUUUCCUUUAUUUUUGUUAUUUUUUUUUAAAUGUUAAUGAACUGGUUGGGACAUUGACUAACGGAUGAUCUUCUAUGUUUAACCCCCCCGUUGUGAAAACUGGACAUUAAUAACUGACUUGAGUAGGUAAUCAUAAGCUGUAAAUACCUGAAAUAAAGCCAAACCCGAACUGUGA